UUGGCCACUUCCGUAAUGUUCUGAAUUGGAAAGGAAGAACAAACUGAAGUCUACCAACUCCAUGCUGCAUUAUCAGUAUCUUCUUUAAUUUCUCUCUCUCUCUCUCUCUCUCUCACACACACACACACACACACACAGAUUUUUAAGAAGAUUCUUCUCAUCACAAAUUGUGGUGAUAUGAAUAUAAAAGAGCAGCAAUCACUUCUCAUUCAUUUGCAUCUUUGAAUGUCAGUGUGUGAUGAAUCAAAUGCCUCUAGAUUCAAUCUCCAAAAUUAUGGUGAACUCAUAAUUCUACUGAUAAGACUGAGAUCUCCAAGUUGAGUCGAUUGCAGCCAGGGUUUUUGUUUUUGUUUUUAGCAGAAGAAAGACAUGACAACAGUUUCCUUCUCAAACAUUAACAAUGCUUCCAAGGAUCGCAUUUUUUGAAGAUGAUGUUAACCAGACUGCGGUGAUUGCAUUUUCUCAGCCUGGCUGGCAAAUUGCACUCUGGGCCAUCACCUACUUAUUUAGAAUCACGGCAUCCAUUGUGGGCAAUGGCACCGUCAUUUGGAUUAUCCUGUCGCAUCAACGAAUGAGAACAGUCGCCAACUAUUUUAUUGUGAACUUGGCUCUUUCCGAUCUGCUCAUGAGCGCUUUAAACACAGUUUUCAAUUUCAUUUGUGCCUCUCAUAAUGUCUGGUAUUUUGGCGAGGGAUUCUGCCGCUUUCUUAAUUUUGUUCCCAUUACUGCAAUGUUUGUCAGCAUUUAUUCUAUGACUGCUGUUGCUGCGGAGAGGUAUAUGGCGAUCAUUUACCCUUUCAAGCAAAAACUUUCUGCAGCAAACACAAAAGUGAUCAUAGGAGUAAUCUGGCUGGUGGCUUGUGGACUAGCUUUUCCACAGUUCUUUUAUGCGCAAGUCAUCACUGAUAGCGGAACGGCCAAAUGUAUCGUUGCUUGGCCACACGAUCAUGGCCAAAGACAGCAGCUCAUGUAUCACAUAGCUGUCAUUGUCUUGGUUUAUGUGCUGCCUCUCACUGUGGUGUUUGACACAUACAGUGCAAUAGGAAUAACUCUGUGGCAUAAUAAUGUUCCUGGAGAUCAUACUAACAUGGUGUACUAUCAGCGUAAGAUUGUGGCCAAGAAAAAGUUUGUCAGGGCAAUGGUCGCAGUUGUGGUCGCAACGUUUGCCAUUUGCUGGUUCCCUUAUCAUCUCUACUUUGUCUCGGGGAGCAUCUGGAAGGAAAUCAACAGGCAGAAGUACAUCCAACAAGUUUAUCUGGCUGUUUUUUUGCUGGCCAUGAGUUCUGCAAUGUACAGCCCUAUUAUUUACUGUUCUCUUAAUCAUAGGUUCCGCUCCGGAUUCAGGAUUGCUUUUCAGUGGUGCCCCUGCGUCAAAGCUACAGAAAGAGACUGGCUUAACCUUAGCUCCCCCCCACCCUUACUUAAAAUCCUGAGACAAGCACCCAACUUCCCUACGAGCCUUGCAAUGUACACAACUGAUCACGACAAGAUAUCAUUUACUAAUAUGUAUUUGGUGACAUGAUUUUUAUCCCGAAGGCUUGAAUAACGGUUUAAUUGUCCUGUUCCUUUGUUGCAGCAACAAAAAUACUGCACUAGAUCACAACACAUUUGUAAUUAUUCUUUUAUGGUGGCAGUGCAAUUUGCCAAUCUGAGUGGCUUUCUUGAAAUCUCUUUUUACAUGAAGGGAAUUGACUGUUCUAUCCCUCCGCUAUAUCAAGCAGUUAGUGCAUUUUUCUUCCCAAUGUCUUGAUAAUCUAAUUUGCCAAUCUCUUGAUAUAAUCACAUUAAUAACAAUUCCACUGGAAGUGACUUCAGUACAUCAAACAACA